AUGUGUUCCACAGAUACAGCUUUCAAGCUGAAUCGGUGUACCGAUGUGCCACCUCCACCUGUACGCGCAGUGCCUGGUGAUUUGAAGGCUCUCCGUUGUGAUGGCCUCGUGAAGCCUCGUCUCAGCAAUCACAAUACAGUCUGUUCCUACGACUUUGGCUCUCAGUUCUCUCCACUUGUUGCCUAUGGUGCAGGCGUUCGUGUGGAAUGCCAAUAA